CCUCUGUAUACUUCUUUCUUUAACUUUCGACUCCUAUAAAAAAUGACUGAAUCUGCCCAAAAGAAACGAAAGUGGGAUUUGGACGAUCAAGGACAAACCAGACCGGAAGGCACAGCAACUAAAAUUUCCAAGGUCGAUGACGAGUUUCCGAGCAAGACGCCUUCCAGCGAUCAAGGCGAAGCAGCAAUGAAUGAAGCAACUGCCAAAAUCAACGCCAUUCUGGCUCAGAAGGGCCUUGCAAAAAAGGAGCCCACUGCUACUGCCGCCGUUGAAUCGCAGAAACCGAACGAAGAAGGACAAGAGCAGCAAUCAGAGCAGCAACAGCAGAGGCAAAAGCUGCACCCCCCUCCACGAGAAAAACUAGAGAACGAAUUCGUCAAAAAUAUUCCAAUUAAUGAUCUCAAGAAUCGGUACAUGCUCACCCGUGGUGCCACUCAAGCGCAGAUUCAACGAGACACUGGCGCAGAUGUAACCACCCGUGGAAAGUACUAUCCAGACAAGGCAUUGGCCACAGACGGCGAGCCACCACUGUAUCUUUACGUAUCGGCCUCUUCCCAAGAGUCGUUGGAUAAAGCCGUCGCGCAGAUAGAAGAUCUGAUUGCCAACGCCGCUGUCCCCACUGUGGUACCACCACAUCGCCAAGAUAACCAUCAUCAACAGAACAACCACCAUCAUCCGCAAGAACGGCCACCGCGCAAGUUCCAUGAAGAGAAGAUCUACGUUGGUUUGGAGAGCACACCUCACUUCAAUUUGAGGGCUAAGAUUGUUGGUCCGCACGGUGCCUACGUAAAGCAUAUUCAGAAUGAAACUGGAAGCAGAGUUCAACUCAAGGGUAAAGGAUCUGGCUUUUAUGAGACAGCCACCGGUCAGGAAGCCGAAGAUGCUCUGCACGUUCAUAUCACGUAAGUUCAUAUAGAAAUUU